ACAAGAGCCAAGAGAAACAGAGUUUGCCAAAACAAUAAUAUUCGAAAAAGCGACAAAACGAGAGACAAAAUUAAUUGUUAGUUGUUUAUAUGUUACAGCUACCAGUGUUACAGUAAAUAUUUAAAGUAUGGCCCAUGCCACAGCGCAGGCUCAUGUGUUUAAUUUGGCAGGGCGCAAGUCUGUUGAAUGGCUUCAAACGUCCUGGACGUUUUGAUAAGGGACUUGGUGCCCAGUUGCCGGAUGCGUACAAGAAAUUCUGGCGCGAAUGGAAACUGACAAAGCCAGCUGCUGUUCACUACAUACCCAAGGAGAGCGAGUGGGAGCGCGACGAGGUUACGCAUGCCAUCAAACCGGUUCAAAAUAUGCCACUGCCCUUAAUUGAUACACCGGAAUCGCAUCAAGGUAUUUGGGGCGGCGAGGCAGUCAUCAAGGGCUUUCAAAAGCGUCACCAAACAAAGAGACGCGUGCCGCAUUUUUGGGUCCCAACGCUGCGACGCUCGGUGGUGCACAGUCAGGUGCUGAAUGAGUACAUGUCAGUGGUAGUGACUGAGCGCACGCUGGAGCAGAUACACGAAUGCCAUGGCUUUGAUCACUAUCUGCUCAAGAAUAUGGCGUGCGAUUUGCGCUCAGCACUAGCGUUAAAGCUAAAGCGUGAGGUGCUAAAGGCACUGCAGCAGGGCUGUCCGGCAUGGGCAGCUGAGCCAAAGCAGCAGGAGGAGGUGCUUAAGGAAUACAAUAAGUACUUAGCAUCGUAUACGCCGGAGGAGAUCGAUUGGUAUGGUCACACGUUUCCUGAAGCCAUACGUAAGCUGAGAAAUGAAAUACAAGCGGCAGAGAAAGUAUUGCCCCACAAAUUGGAGUUCCGCAGCAAGUUAAUUGAAUCAUUGAGAGAGGCGGGUAUUAAAGAAGCUGGAAAACUUGAUUCAAAAGAGGCGCUACCUAAUGUGGAGCACAAGGAUGCGGACAUCGAAGCGUUGACAAAGCUUGAAAGCACGACCUCAUCUUCAAGCUGGCUGUCCAAAAUGAAUCCAUUUGGUAAAAAGGAAACGUAGACUUAACCACACAAGUCCAGAAGUUCAUGUUUCUAUGUUAAAUUUUGCAUAAAUAAAACAGAAUUGAAUUAAUUUGUUUGUCAAAAAA